ACCUGUAAUAUCCCAGAAUGCUCUGGGCACACACACACAUAGGAUGAAGGCAGCAAAUACAAAGCAGCCAUAGCCUCUCGGGGCAGCCCAUCCCUCCCUGGGCACAAUGAGGCUCUCAGCUGACUGUCGGUUUCCUUAGCAGCGCUCUGUCAACUAAACUAUUCCCAUCAGGGCGGCCGGAGCUGGAAGCAGGAAGCCUGGGGAAUCCGAGCUGUUUGUGCUCUUGGGCAAUGGGUAAUAAAGUGUGAGAUGUUCUAGACUGGCACGGAACUACCCACUGGCCAUUGUAUCAUGGUGACCGGCCACUGGCAGUGCCCAAUGUGCUGCUGGAACCCCUGCCUGUGAUCCACAUUAAGCCAAAGAUGAACGAGGAGUCUCACUUGCUGUUCCUGGAGGCCAUUUCACAUGGAGACCCCGACGCCAUCGCUCAAUGGACCGACCCAAAUCACAUAAACUUCCAACACCCAGUGACAGGGAACACUGCUCUGAUACUCGCUGUGGAAAGGAACCUCCCAGAGCUGGUGGCCCUGUUGUUGGAUCACGGUGCCGACGUUACCCUGAGCAAUGCGACCAAUGAGACGGCUCUCCAUGUGGCUUCAGGAGGAAUUCAGAUGCAGCUCCUUAAUGCCGUGCACAGAAGCGCUUUCCCUCACUUGCAACUGCUCCAGGCUGCGUGGCAAGGAAACCUGGAGGCCCUACAGCACUUACUGGUCAGAGAGAAGCGCCAGGACACAAACAUCCGCAAUGGGCAAGGUCUGACCCCCCUGAUGUUGGCACUGAGGGAUACCGACCUGUUUGAGGAGCUGCCCAUGGGCAGUGGCUACAGCCGGCUGUUAGUUGUGCAGGAACUUCUCAAUCACAAUGGAGACCCUUGGCUUUGUGAUUCCUAUGGGUUUUCAGCCAGUCACUAUGCAUCACGUAUCAGAGGUCCCUUAGGGCCACAGCUGCUGGAGUUACUACUCGCCUCUUUUCCAGACACCCAAGAAGAGCCCGUCUGUGACUUUUGUCCGGAUACAAAGCUGCCUUUAUAUAACACAUCUACAGCAGGGGGAGGCCAGACCCUCGCCCAUAUCCAGAGCUGCAGCCCGGGGCAAGGGAUAAAUCCUAAUAGAAAUUCCAGCAUCCAAGUGACCGAAGAAGACCCUUGGGAAGAAGCUGCCGAGGUCCCAAAUCCAGAUGAGGUUACCUACUCAAGCCUUCAACAAGCCCACACCACUCUCCAUGAAAUGGAAGGGGUGGAUAGAGCUCCAGACAUAUUAAAGGGCUCACUGGCCAGACUGUGGAACUCCAACUCUUUGCCAAAUGACAUUACCCUUAUGUACAACCCAUCACGGCACGCGUCGCUGCCGCCUUUCCCCCUAAGGAACGAUUGUCACGCCGCACAGAUGGACAGUCUGGGCCUGGGGUACCUCUGUCAGUCCUCUCACUCUGAGCCCAACAUCUCGGCAUCGUUACGUGGAACGGAUCUGCUUAGAGACAUUAAAGGCGUAAAGCAGCACAUAACCCAAAGAUUAACGUCACCCAGAAAUCAUACGCCUUCGCCGUUGCUGUGCCAGUCCCCUCGAGCAGUCAGGCUUACGCCGCUGGUGAUGGAUACGCCAAGAGGUAAAGCAGGAAGUGACAUUUCAGUCAAUGACCUUGUGUCAUUGCCAAUUUCCGAUGCCUUUGCCAAAUCAGCUCCCCAUAAACUUUGCAGUGGUAACAAAUACAGUAAUAAUAGUCCCUCUCCAGCCCCACAUAUUGCUGGGGACCAAGUCUUGUCUAAAAAUCAGAUUUAUCUCAGCAUGGAUGAAAGUUUUAUUAUUUCAGAAGAAGAGCAAGGCUUAGCAGCACCAGGGGCUGUUGGGAAUUCAGAGUCAAACAGAAAGGAAAGUCUCUUUGUACAGGCCAAAUGCAAAAGGACUGCAAAAAUACUUAGUGUCUUCCAGGGAGGGUCAACUGAGCUUCAUCAAAGCGAAAGGACAAUGACAAAACGCCAUGAAGAGGGGAUUAACCAGUCGCCAAAAUGGGACAAUAUUUUAAGUGCAAGAUUAAGCCAACGUGAAAACUUUGUAGGGAAAGCCGUCUCUGCAGAUCUGAUAAUUGCCACGUCCACUGAAACAAUGGAAAACGUCUCUGAAAUUCAAGAGGAUAUUGAUGAUAAGAGAGAACCCCUUGAGGGUAAAGACCCUGGUAACUCAAUGCAGACGCCCCAAGAUGGACAAUUGCCUCUUGUUCAUAUUACGUUCUCUGAGCAGGGGCCACAAAGCCUCAAAGCCAAGAGUCCUCCACUUAAACAGUUUUUCAUGAAGCGAAAAACCAUUCUGUGUGGCGUUCCUCACAACGUAAACCACAGCUUUAAUGUCAUCGCUCAAAAAGAGAACGAGAAGGGAAAGAAGAAUAGAAAAAGUAGGACGAAGUCCGCCUGUGAUGCCCCGUCGAAGCAAAAACAAAAGCCUCUCUCCAUUAACAAGAACAUGAACAUUAAGAGUGUUCCACUACCUCCUCUGGAGUUAACGGGUUCUACCAAAAGAUUAAGAACCCCCCAGAAAGUCCCCCAUUCACAUCUACCUGGGUCAGAUAAAGGUGUAGAGAGAUCAAACACUCACUUGUCAAUGUGUCCAAAGAAAAAUAAUUCACCCGUUGUCACGACCCGCCAUCCUUUAACAAGGGCAAAUACAGCACCAGAUUUCACGAGCAUCACCUACCAUGACAUUUUCAAGAAAUUAGAAGCAAAUAAUGAAGGUCCAGAGAUAUACGAAAUGGUCGUGAUGCCAUUAUAUCCUCAGACUGGAGAUCCAGUAGACGUGUCCGGUUCCGUUUGUAGAGAAUCACACUCGGCUAUGUCUAAGAAAGGCUCUUCGUCUAAAGUUGCAAGGUCAUCUUCAGCUAAUGAGUCCAAUAGGAGGAGGAAACCCAAACGACCCAACUCUAAAAGCAAGAGAUGUGCUUCUAGGUCAAGCCUAAAGCAUAAGAAUUUAGAUGCAAGGGAUGAGGAUUGUGCCAUUGAAGAAAAGGUGGAGCAUGGCGUAAUUGUUAUUUCGGGAACGGACUGGCAAAUCAUUGAGAAGAGUAACAAUAUUCUCUUCGAUAGUAAAGAGUCGGUGGCUGUGGUCUUGGAACCCUUUCAAGACAAUAUUUAUCACGAGGACCUAUCUAUGAUAAAAGAGGCGACCAUAGAAAAUUCCCUCAAUACAAGCAGGACUUUUCAUGAUGAUCGGGUGAAGGGAUCUGGAGAAAUGAACCCAAAUCACUUUGAUGCAGAGGUUUUUAUACAGGAGCAGCCAAUUAAAUCAGUGCCGUCUACAGACAGUCACAAAAGGGAAACAAGAAGCAGCUCUGCUCAACAAGAAGAACUUGAGGAUUACAAAGUUGAUAAUACUGGUGGCGUACCUUCAUGUGAAAACAAGAAUAAUGCUCCAAGGGAAACCACAGAAGGUGGUACAGAAAAUGGAUAUGGCUUUUCCAAGAGCCUUUCCACAGAGGGUGACAUUGAGCAACUGACUGAUGAUUUGAUCCAUUGUCUAGUAGAAAAUCUCUUGUCUAUCGAUGAAAGAGAGUCUCAGGAUUCCAUAGAGUCGAUCAACACAGACACGGACGAUGAAAUAAUGAACGAUCAGGAUCAGAAGUGCAAAAGUCCCAGCCACAAUGAGUGUAACAAGUCUGCCAACACCACCAACAUCGACAAACUUGCUGACAGCUCCAUCAAUGGGUCUUUUCCUUGGACCAAAGGAGAAGUGUUGGGAAAAGGAGCCUACGGAACGGUAUACUGCGGUCUAACGAGCCAAGGAGAAUUAAUUGCUGCCAAGCAAGUUGUGCUGGAUUCCUCCGACCCAGUUACAGCACAAAAGGAAUAUAAGAAGCUACAGGAAGAAGUGGACCUCCUGAAAGCCCUGGACCAUGUGAACAUAGUUGGUUACCUGGGUACCUGCCGGGAGGAUAACAUGGUGACCAUCUUUAUGGAGUUUGUGCCCGGCGGCUCAAUUGCUAGUAUUUUGCGACGUUUCGGCCCAUUACAAGAGAUGGUAUUUAUUAAAUACACAAAGCAAAUUCUGCAAGGUAUCGUCUACCUUCACAGUAACAGGGUCAUCCACAGGGACAUUAAGGGGAACAACCUGAUGCUCAUGCCCAAUGGAAUCAUAAAGCUGAUUGACUUUGGAUGCGCAAAACGCCUGACUUACCUGAACAAGAGCGGGACGCAAAGCGAAAUGUUGCGCUCCAUGCACGGCACCCCUUACUGAAUGGCACCAGAAGUGAUUACAGAGUCCGGCCAUGGGAAAAAGUCAGAUAUAUGGAGCCUGGGCUGCACAGUGUUUGAGAUGGCAACAGGAAAGCCACCACUGGCCCACAUGAACAAAAUGGCUGCCAUGUUCUAUAUAGGAGCCGAGAGGGGACUUAUGCCGACUCUCCCUGAUCAUUUUUCUAAAAACUCAAGAGAUUUUGUAAAUCUGUGUUUAACCAGGGAUCAAGAGGAACGCCCUUCAGCAGAGCAGCUCUUGGCCCACCCAUUUAUGAAGAGGAGAACAUGAAAAUUCUACAUUUUGGGAAUAAUUCUCCGACAGCAUUUGUAGAAAUAACAUUUGUAAUAAAGAUCUGUAAAUAAAUUUGUAUUUUUUUCCUUA